AUGGACGACGACUUAAGUACUAAUGAUGUGAGAACAAGCGUUCCAAUCGUUGCCAAAAUCAAUAUUUCUGAAAACUUAGUAGCAGAAGUUGUCAAUCCCAUUGACAUAGAAUUCACACCAAAAUUGAACAUGCAGUUUGACACUGAGGAUGAAGCAUACGACUUUUACAAUGCUUAUGGGGGUAAAGUUGGAUUCAGUAUUCGUAAGGAUUAUGCAAAUAAAAGCCGUAAGACAGGAAAUAUUACAACAAGCAAGUUUGUGUGUUCCAAACAAGGUUUUAGGGUGAAGGACAAGAGGGAUAUCCAUACAAGAAAGCCCAAGGCUGAAACUCGAACCGAUUGUGGUGCACUGAUGCAAAUUAGAUAUGACCGCAAGAAGGGAAAGUAUGUUGUAUAUAAUUUUGUCGAAUCUCGCAAUCAUCCUAUGAUAAUUGAAGAAUGCACACAUAUGAUGCCAUCACAACGAAGAAUAAGUGUUGCCCAAGCAAUUGAUGUGGAAUUGGCCUGCCAAUCUGGAGUUCCAGCACAAACAAUUUUGCAAGUGCCUUUUUAA